AUGAAAAGGAAGGUUGUCAAACAAUAUAUCUAUAAUCAACAUGUUGCCAAGCACAUGCAUAUUCCAAAUGUUGUCGAUUUGGUUCAACAUCAAAAUAUUCAUACACUUUUGGAAUGUGCUACACCGUAUUGUGAGAAUACAAUUAGGGCAUUCUAUGCUGGUUUCACAAGAGAGGAGGGCUGUAAUUUCAGAUUUAAAAUGGGGUCAAGAUCCCAUAUUGUCGACAAACGGGCAUGGAUAAGUAUAUUCGGGCUUACACUUUUGGGAGAUGAAGUUCGCAUUGAAGACGGUGACAUUCCGGGAAAUUAUGAUCAUGUCGCCUAUAUGAAAUCCAUUCUCAAAUAUCCUGCUGUUCUUGACAAGCAAAAUGAAUCAAUCACAGCUGGGCAUCUAAGAAGAGAUCCUAGGCUUCUCAACUGGAUCAUCUCAAGGGUGCACUACAGUUCUCAGUUCAGGUUUCUUAAAAUGUGGACAUCCAGCAUGGAGUGCCUUCAGGUGGUCAAGGAUUCUUGGAGCACCAAUCUUGUGGGUUACCCUAUGUUCAUCCUUGAUAGGAAGCUCAAAAUCCUGAAAAACAACUUAAAGGAAUGGAACAGAAAUAACUUUGGUGAUGUCAAGGUCAAGGUUAAAAAUGCAGAGGCACACCUUCAGAAUAUUCAAUUGGAAAUUGCUAACUCUGGCUACACUGAUGACUUAAAGGAAAAAGAAACCAAAGCUCAAUAUGACAUGGAGGCUGCUUUGAAUAUUGAAGAGGAAUUUUGGAAAGAGAAGGCUAGAAUCAAAUGGCAAAGUGAUGGUGACAGGAACACCAAGUUCUUCCAUACUUAUGCCAAUAUAAAGAGAAAAACAAAUCUUAUUUCCUCCCUAAGGAUCAAUGACUCCAUUGUUACUGACAAGAAUACCCUGGAGAAUCAUAUUGUGGAGCAUUUCCAAAAUCUUUUCAAUAGCAAUGCUGUUCUUCAGGAGGGCAGUUCUCUGCUUAAUGUGAUUCCUAACAUGAUUUCUGACCAAACCAAUGCCCUUCUCACUAUGGUUCCUACUGAAGAUGAAAUCAAACAUUCUGUUUUUAGCCUCAAGGCUGACUCUGCUCCUGGCCCCGAUGGUUUUGGUGGCUCUUUCUAUCAUCACUAUUGGGAUAUUAUCAAAGGAGAUGUUACUAAUGCUGUGUCUCAAUUUUUUCUGCAGGGGUGGAUUCCAAAGGGCUACAAUGCUAAUUCAAUUGUCCUCAUUCCUAAAUCUAAGGAUGCUGAAACCUUAAGUGAUUACAGACCUAUUGCCCUUGCUAAUUUCAAGUUCAAGAUCAUCACCAAAAUUCUGGCAGACAGGCUUGCUUCCCUUCUUCCUUCUUUGAUUUCUUUUGAGCAAAAAGGGUUUAUUAAGGGCAGAAAUAUCAGGGAUGGCAUUUUCCUAACAUCUGAAGCUAUUAACUUGCUUAAUAAUAAGAGCUUCAGUGGCAACAUAGCUAUGAAAAUUGAUAUAACCAAAGCUUUUAACUCUAUUAGUUGGCAAUUUAUUCUUAAAACUCUUAAUAGUUUUGGUUUUUGUAGUAUUUUCUGCAAUUGGAUAUCUACAAUCCUGCAUUCUGCUACCCUUUCCAUUAACUUCAAUGGUAAAUUGGCUGGAUACUUUAGUUGCUCGAAUGGGGUGAGACAAGGUGAUCCCUUGUCUCCCUUGCUUUUUUGCUUGGCUCAAGAGGUGCUUAGUAGAAACAUAACCUCUUUGGUUAGUAGCAACCAAUGCAAUAGGAUUCAAGCUUCCAGAAAUUGUUUUGUGGAUUCACACACCAUGUAUGCUGAUGAUAUAAUGAUAUUCUGUAGAGGUGAUCAGAAAUCAGUGUCUAACAUUUCCAAUUUGCUCAAUUCUUAUGCUGAGCACUCUGGUCAGUAUUGUAGUAAACAUAAAAGUCUCAUAUAUGCUGGGGGGAUGUCUAGCUCUAGGCAUAAAAUUCUGGCUGAUAUCAUUGGUUUUAAAAUGGCUUAUCCUCCUUUAUUAUACCUUGGUGCUCCUAUCUUUAUUGGUAAGCCCAAGGCAUCUCAUUUUCUUUUCUUGGCUGACAGGAUCAAAUUAAAACUGGCAGCUUGGAAGGGUAGUAUGUUGACCAUGGCUGGGAGAGUCCAGCUUGUAAAAGCUGUUAUUCAUAGCAUGCUGAUUCAUUGUAUGACUGUCUACUGCUGGCCCUCAAGUAUUAUCAAACUCAUUGAUAAAUGGAUUAGAAACUUCAUAUGGAGUGGACAUAUGGACAAGAAGAAGCUUGUAACUGUCAAGUGGAAGACCUGCUGCACUGGCUACAAGGAGGGUGGUGAUGGAAGCAAUAUUAACUUCUGGCUGGAUAACUGGUACGGGGAACCUCUUGUUGAUGUGUUUAAAAUCCCGAGUGUCUUUCAUCAAUCUCUUCAGGUGAAGGUAAAGGACUGGUUCUCUAAUGGCAGUUGGGUAAUUCCUGGUAGUGUACUCACUGCACUCCCUGAGCUUAUCAAUAUCACAUCUAAGAUCUCUUCUACUGCUGAGAAUGAUACUCUUAUUUGGAGGGCAGCUGAGGAUGGUAUGCUAACUGUCAAGCUUGCUUAUGCAUACAUCUUAAAGCCCCAUCAAUCUCAUAAAUGGAUUUCUUUCCCUUGGCAUCGUGACAUUCCUCCCUCUCAAUCCAUGGUUGUUUGGAGACUGAUACAUAAGAGAAUGCCCUCUGAUGACAAUCUCAAGAUCAGGGGCCUAUCUUUCCCUUCCAUGUGCUCUCUGUGUAAGUCUUCUGAAGAGAGUGCCUUUCACAUUUUCUUUGACUGUACUUAUGCAAAGAAGCUUUGGAAUUGGUUGGCUGUCAAGUUGCAAUUUCAUAGCUUUCAUAAUUUUGAAGACUGUCUGAAUUGGAUUCAAAGGAGCUGGUCGAAUCAAGCCAAGGUGGUGUCUAUUGCCAUUAUUACCAACAUAAUUCAUCAUAUAUGGAAAGCUAGGAAUUCUGCCAGGUUUGAGGACACUCAAAUAUCUUUUGAAAGAUGUUGCUCCAAUGUUACCACUGCUGUGAGAUUAAUAGGGAAUUCUUCUACCAAUUGCUCCAAUUCUGAUAUGGAUAGUUUCUUGCUCCUCAAGUCUUUUGACAUCAACAUUCACCCGAGGAAGCCCUCUUGUACGCUGGAGGUUAUUUAG